AUGGACAUCAAUUCAUUGCUGUCCCCGGACUCGAAUCCUCAAUCUGGAAGUUCGACGCCUGUGCCCGGUGUCACGUCAAAUAACGCACCGGCCCCGAUUCCAGGGCCAAGCCCCCACAAAGCACUUCAGCGGACGCGCUCAGGGUCUACUCGCAAAAGCAAGACCUCUUCACCUUUGGCCCAGCAGAUCUACGCUCCCACUGGGCCCACAAUCUCGGAAACCUCACCGACGAGAGCCAGCCCUCCCGUUGGCCCGAUCCUAAAUGCGGGCAAUGACUCGCUUGCGACCGACCGACCGUCAUCGACCAAACCCUCAACCCCCGGUAUGGACACCUUGGCCGACCUAGCUGCGAUGCAACACCACCAGCCACAGCGCCAGAACGCCCAAAGCAUGCUGCGUGGUACCGAGUCAUACGAGCACCAGUUAUCUCCUUCUACCAUCCACCCUCACGUGAAUACCAUCAACCACAACACCCCCAUCCCUCGCACAUCCUUCGAUAUUGCCAUGUCUGAAGGACCACGCGAAAGUGCACGGAGGAACUAUGCAGACACAUCGCUGGACCCGGACGCACAGCGAUCGGCGACUGAUCUAUUUAAUCAAAUUCAAGAGAACCCCCACACCUACGACGCGCAUGUCAAAUUCAUUGGUAUCUUGCACGGCGGCUUCGUCAACCAUGUCUACCCGCCCAAUAACCCGGAACUCCACGGAGACCCUCGGCGAUACGAUCUCCUCAAGGAUAUGCGGAUAGCCCGAGAGGAAAUGGACAAGCUCUUCGCCAUGGGGGAGAAUCUUUGGGCAGAGUGGAUUCAGGAUGAGAGUAUGCUGACCAACUCGGCGGCAGAUCGCGAUGCGGUUGUUAGCUUGUGCAGGCGAUCAGUCAUCGAAGAAUUUGGCAGCACCAAUCUCUGGCAUAUUUAUGGCGAAUGGGUCUUGUACCUAUACAAAUCUGCUGUCGGAGAAACCGGCGGAGCUGGCCAGUGGACCGAGGAAGACCGUCGGAGAUUUACAUGGCAGUCAGUUUUGGAUGUGUGGAAGGACGCAGCCGAAUCGACUAGAUGGAGAAUCAACAACAGCCAUAUGGUAUGGGACCGGUACCUUGAACUUUUGACCCAGGAUAUUUCCCGGUCGCCUUCGCAGGAUAAAAUCAACCAUCUUCGUGGAUUAUACGAUUCUCGCUUGCAGACGCCUCAUGCAAACUGGGAUCAGACCUUCCAGAACUUCUCGGGAUUCGUCUCCACCUACUAUGAAUCCAACUAUGAGAACGUUAUGUCGGAAACUGUUGCUCAAGGCUCGAAUAUCAAGGCGAUGUACUCUGCGCGAGAAGAAUUUGAGCAUCGGCUGAGCAAGGCCGAAGAGUCCGGUGAUAAGGCUUUGGAAUACGCUGUGUACAUAGAGUAUAUUGAAUGGGAGUCAACCCGGAACCGCCGCCAGCGGGAAUUCCACUUCGACCUCGCCAAUGCAAUCUACCAGCGCGCCGUUCUUCGUUUCCCGACCGAUGUCGCUUUAUGGGAGGGCCACGUCAUGUUCCUUCUUGAGGAAUCGAUGCACAACCAUGCAUCCACCACGACAAUCUCAACCCUCGACCGUGGGACACGUCACUGCCCAUGGUCUGGUAACCUAUGGUCACAAUACCUCCUGAGCUCGGAACGAGAGGGCCUUUCAUUUGCCAUAAUCUCUGAUAUCAAGCACAGGGCUACCGCAACAGGGUUGCUCGAUGCCGGUGGACUGGAAGAAGUGCUCAAAGUCCAUACCACAUGGUGUGCUUACCUCCGCCGACGCGCCUUUCUCUCAGAUUCGACUGAUGAAGACUUGGAUGUUGCAGAGGUUGGAAUCCGCUCAGCAAUCGAGAGUGUUCAAGAGCUGGGUGAGAAGAAAUAUGGUCGAUCUUAUCAGGGUGAUCCCUUGUUCCGUCUGGAGCGCAUUUAUAUCCGAUACCUCAGCGAAAGUGGUAGUUGGGACAGUGCUCGUGAGACCUUCAAGGGUCUUGUGGCUCGCCGUGGCAAUAGCUAUGAAUUCUGGCUUACUUAUUACUCUUGGGAGCUUAUCUCUUGGAGCAAGUUUGUUCAGGGCGAGGCGACGGUGGAUGCCGCAAGACGUACCCCUACGCCCAGCUAUGCCACUGCUGUUUUGAAACAAGCCAUCGCGCGAACUGACCUCGACUGGCCCGAAAAGAUUGUGCAGACCUACCUUGCCCACUGUGAAGACUAUGCAGAUUCGGAUGAGCUGCAACUUGCUGUCAUUGAAACUCGCAAGGCCAUGAGGGCUGUAACUUCUCGAAGGGAGAGAGAGGCCCAUGAGGCCCACGAGGCUGCGACAGCACAGCAGCAGCAGUUGAACGCUGCUGUCGAGGCAACUUCGUCAUCGGAAAAGAGAAAACGGGAGGAUGAGGCAGACACCAAUGGUGAGCCUGAUAGCAAAAAGACCCGCAGCGAGGAGACUUCUCCAGAGAUCAAGGAAGAACCAUCAGAAGUUCGCCGUGAUCGGGAGCACUCAUCUGUGGUGGUCAAAAACUUGCCGAAAGAAACAUCUGAACAUCAAGUGCGCCAGUUUUUCAGACAUAUUGGUACCAUCAAUGGCGUCAAGAUGCUCGCUGGAGAGGAUGGAAACUGCGAGGUUGCGAAGAUCGAAUUCGACAGCAAAGAGGAAGCCCUUAGUGCCUUGACCCGCGAUCAAAAGUUGUUUGGGGAUAACACCAUCGAUGUCGAAUCCGAUGCCGAGUCGACUCUGUUUGUUGCCAACUUUCCCCCAACUGCAGAUGAUCAAUAUUUCCAUGAUCUCUUUGGCAAAUAUGGUCGUAUCGUUGAAGUGCGCUGGCCUUCACUCAAGUAUCAGACAAGUCGACGAUUCUGCUAUAUCCAGUUCGCUUCUUCCAGUGCUGCCCACGAGGCCACUGAAUUAGAUGGAUCCCCCAUCGGCAAGCUCAAUCUUGUCGCCAAAAUCUCGGACCCAGCGCAGAAGCAAAAGCGUGGCGGAGCACUCGAAGAAGGCCGUGAGAUUUUCUGCACAAACUUGUCCUUCAGACUGGAUGAGGAAGAUCUUCGGAAGGCCUUUUCGAAAUACGGCACAAUUGAGAAUAUCACCCUACCAUGCAAGGUUGAUGGUGGCUUCAAAGGCUACGGCUUUGUGGUUUUCUCCACUAAGGAGGAGGCAACUGCAGCACUUGCAAUGGAUGGCGAAACUCUCAAGUCUCGCCCAAUUCGGGUUCUACCCAGUACCCAGGGCGGUGCUAAGCGCAUCACCAGCACCAUUAUCUCGCGCGUUGCUAACUCAGCCUCACCAACUCCAGAGUCUAAUGGCGCCAACCUCGUGGAGACAGUUGGUGAUCGUUGGGACCGUACACUUGCAUUGAUGAAUGUUCCCGACACUGUCAAUGAUGCUCGUAUCCGUGCCCUGGUUGAACCAUUAGGUCGACUCGUCAAGAUCAUUCUUCGACCGGAUCAUCAAGGUGCCAUUGUUGAGUUUGUCGAUGUCCAGGAUGCCGGCAAGGCUACUUUGGCACUCGAGGGCAAAGAAAUUAUUUCAGGUCGGCCACUCCAUAUCGGCACGGUGGAAGAUAUGAAAAAGCUACAGGCUGAGCACAAGACGACUCGAAUCACUUCGAGCAAACCUGCGAAACCCAAGACCGCCAUCCAACCUGCGGCACCUAUUCGGCGCCCCCAACAACCUGGGUCCCGCGGAGGUCGUCGAGCCGGACUGGGAGUGAAACGAGCAGCUGUUCCCAGUACCGGCAAUGAGCCCGUCAAGGACGGCGAUAAUAUGGACACUACGGCCGAUGGUGAGCGUCCACCUAAAAAGAGCAAUAAUGAUUUCCGAGCGAUGUUGCAACAAAAGCGCACCGAGUGA